AUGCCUGUACUCCUGUUAUCGCCGAUGAGCGUUCGGUUGCGCGCAAAUCUCGAGCUUAACGCGAAAACCUCCAACUCAAAACAGCCGCCGGCGCACAAAACACUGAACGGUCGAGUCGAGACGAUACCAGGACACGAGAACCGCGAGGAGCACAAAACGCACCUGUUGGCGCGACGCGGCGAUCGCGACUGGCCGACGCGACGGACCAUUAGUCUCGCGACGAACACGUCACGCGGAAGCAGGUUCUUCGGGCCGUCGAAUGGAGUCCGUGGCUCGAGCGAAAAUCGCGCCUCUAUCGGAAGCUCGCGUUCAACGCGCCACAACUUGUCGAAUCGCUUCGCAAUCGCAUGGGCGUGCAGAAACGUUCGCGUUAUAGGAUGGGAUCUC